GUACGCUGAAAAAAACAUUGUGACUGGAUUUUUGAUAAGUGUUUGAAAAACUCUGAAAAACUGUGAAAAAAACCUCGAGACGAAAAAUAAUCAAAAAUUACUUCCCAAAUAGUAAUUCGCUAAUUCCUGAAUGUAUAAAUUCGAUAAAUGUGAAAAAACCACCCUAAUCCCAUCACCGUUCAUUCUACCAAAUCACUCAUCGAAACCACCACCGAAGAAAUAGAAACUGAAGCGCCAAAAUGUCGAAACCUGAAACAGAACCAACCCCUCAGAAAGAAGCCGAAACCGAAGAACCAGAUCACGAAUCUAUUUCCAACGAAUGUCGCGAAUUAGCCGUUAAAGCAGCCGAACACUUUGAUAAAAAAGAAUACGCCGAGAGUCUAGCAAAUUUAAGCAAAUUACAAGAACAGAGACCUUUGGAUACUAGAUUUACCCAUAAUUCCGCUGUAGUGGAAUUUUUUAGCAGCGAGCUUGGAAAAGUAUCGGAAUUCGAGAAUAAACUCAAUUCCGUGUGUAAUUUAGGUGAAAUUAAUUUGGAUAAUAUCGAGUCAUUGGAUGACGUUCGGAAUUGUUGUAUUUUAUAUAACAAAGCAGUAUUGUUGUAUCAUACGAUGCAGUAUAGUUCAGCGUUAAGGAUCUUAAAUAAGGCUUUUUCACUAGCUGAUUCGAUGGAUGAGCCAUUAAGAACAGCUGUGUGUUUCCUGUUAACUGAAUUGUUUCUAUGUGUACAUCAGCCUGACAAGGCUCUAUCUGUGAUAACAUUUUUAGAAAAUUUUUCCCAGUCCGGUACAUCUGUAGUAGUAGAAUCAUCGAAUGAAACUGAAGAAGAUGUUACCAUCAAAGCAUCCGAUGAAAAUGAAAAUAAAAAGGAUGAUUCAGAGUCAUCGAUCGAAUCAUGUAAAUCUAGAAUACGUGUGUAUAAAUGUAUAUGUUGUUUGAAUUCACGAAAUAUCAAUACCGGUGAAAAAGAACUGGAGGGUUUAACCUCGAGUUAUGAAAAAGAAGAUGUUGCAUCAACUGAUUCUUCCGGUGAUAAAAUGAAAGAGGCUAGAUUUCAUAAUAUGAAAUGUAACUUCAAGUUCCUCAAAGCGUACGCUCAGUAUUUAAGGGGAUCGUUAAAACCUUGCGUUGAAAUCAUGUCAACGAUUCCUUUGACGAGUAACUUCAGUCUAACUGGCGACUCGGUCCCAUUGGCGUACUUCAAUAACAUGGGCUGUGCUCAUUUAAUGAUGGGCAAAUCCAAUCUAGCAUGUUUAUAUUUUCGCAAAGCUCUACAAGAGAACGAGAACAACGUCAAGUUGAAAAGUUCUAAAGAAAGUGAAAAUCGGUCAAAAUCGUUGUUUACUUGCGGAGGUAAUAAAUUACCCGAGUUGGUGUAUAAUUUAGGAGUAAGUUUAUUACAUAGCGGUAAACCGACCGAAGCUUUCGAUUGUCUUACACUUGCGGUGCAAGUUUAUCACAUGAAUCCGAGAUUAUGGCUUAGAUUAGCCGAAUGUUGCAUUAUGGUUCAUAAAAACGGCAACGAACGUGAUUUUGAUUUUAUUAAUAAAAGAAAAGACGUCUUAGCUGAUGUAAUUGGGACCGGAAUCCAUAGAAAAUUAGUGUUGAAUUUAAACUUAUUCGAAAAUAAUAAAUACAGCUAUGAUGCUCAAUCUUUUGCUAUCCCUGUAGCGAGUCUGGAAUUUGCUACGUUAUGUUUACGUAAUGCUUUGCUCUUGUUAUCCAAUCCAACGGUCGACUGUUCUCCCUCCAAUCCCAUCAGUGAGACGCAAAUCGCCAAUUUAAGAGCAUCUGUGUUGACCAACAGCGCAUACGUAUCAUUAUGUUUAGGAGAUCCUAUCGUGGCAUUAAAUAAUUGUAAAAAUUUACUCAGUAUUCCCAACUGUUCUGGAAUCAAUAAAUUAUUGGGCCAUUUGUACAUAGCCGAAUCGUUCAUUCUACUGGAUAGAAUACCAGAAGCAUUAGAGCAUCUGAAACCAGAUUACAGCAAUUACAUGUUACCAAACGAUCAAGAACAAAAGACUGCAAAACGAUCUUGGAAACCGGAUAAUUCUGAUAGUGCUAGAGCAGUAUUUCAGUACAAUUUAGCUGUAGUUUUAGCCUUAAAAGGUGAUCUGCAAAAGGCGGCAGAUCUCUUGAAACAGGUGUGGCUGACCAAGGGGCCGCAAUGUGAAAUACCGGUGCAGAUGAUAUCGCUAGCCCUAUACAUCGAACUAUCCUUGGGUCACGCAGAUGUUGCUAGAAAUAUUAUAAAGCAGAAUUGUCCACAGUACAGUAUUGCUGCGUAGCAAUUUGUCGUCGUCACAUUUUUAUAAUUUGUAUAUUUUAUUGUAAUUUUGUAACGCGAUAAAAUGGUUUUCCAAUUUUUUAUACGUGA